CGUCAAUUACUAAACGGCUGUCUCUUAUCUAAAACGAGAAGGUGCGAAGAAGCCUAAAAAGUUCUUAUCGUCGUCUUCUUCUUUCUCACUGAUACUGUUUACUCUCUCUCUCUCUCUAAAGAGAGUUCAGUAUACACUAAAAAAAGCCAAAUCCAAUGGCUUGCGAAGCAGAGGAUGAAAGCCCUAGAUUCUUUGUAGCAGUGCACGUAGGUGCAGGAUAUCACGCGCCUUCCAAUGAAAAAUCUCUCAGAUCCGCCAUGAAACGCGCUUGCCUCGCUGCUUCCUCUAUUCUCCGCAAGGGCUCUGGAAAAUGCUUGGAAGCUGUUUCCGCAGCUAUUCAAGUCCUAGAGGAUGAUCCUUGCACAAAUGCGGGUAGAGGCUCCAAUUUGACAGAAGAUGGUCGUGUAGAAUGUGAUGCCAGUAUUAUGGAUGGUCAUUCUGGGGCAUUUGGAGCUGUUGGCGCAGUGCCAGGCAUUCAAAAUGCGAUCCAGAUUGCUGCUUUAUUGGCCAAGGAGCAAAUGACGGGAUCUCCUUUGUUGGGUCGAAUACCUCCCAUCUUCUUGGUUGGUGAAGGAGCCCGAACAUGGGCAAAGUCCAAGGGCAUUGCGUUGCCAGCAACUAUAGCAGAGGCUGAUGAGUGGCUGAUUACAGAAAGGGCAAAAGUACUGUGGAAAAAAUAUAAAGCAAUGGUUGAUGAUGCCGAAAAUAAGACAGAUAUUUCUGCCAUGGAACUAUCUUCUAGUCCUCAAGAGAUUGUUGCCAUUUUGGAAGCUCAACCGGGUGAGACUUCAAGGGGGAAUGGGGGUGGUGAAUUUUCCAUAUCAAGUGCUUCAGAAGAGGAUUGCAUCAUGGACACUGUUGGAGUUAUUUGUAUCGACGCUGAAGGUCACAUAGCAUCUGGGGCCUCAAGUGGUGGUAUUGCACUGAAGGUUGGUGGGCGUGUGGGACUAGCGGCAACGUAUGGUUCAGGUUGUUGGGCAUCCUCAAAAGGCCCCUUUGGAGCUCCAUUUAUAGUUGGUUGCUGUGCUACUGGUGCAGGAGAAUACCUCAUGAGAGGUUUUGCAGCUCGGGAGUGCUGUGUCUCAUCAUCAAUUUCACAGGUUGGUCCUGCCUCUGCUUGCAUGAAAGUGUUGCGCUCUGUUAUUAAUGAGAGCAGACAGCAUGGUGCUGAUAUAAGUGCUGGGAUUCUACUUGUGCAAGCUGAUGCUCCUAUAUUGGUUCCAGGAAAUUCAGCAAAGCUGAAAGCUAUAGAGAUUGCGGCUGCUUACUCUUCCUUGUCUUUUGGAAUUGGAUAUUUUGGAAACUCUAUGGAACGGCCCAAGAAUGAAUGCGUUUUGGUACAAGAAGAACAGAAGUCUUGUUCAGCAACCUGGUUUCAAUUCUUAGGAGUACAAAACAACAAAACAAAUCCGGGAUAGACCAUUUUGAAGCACGAAUUGAUCUUGCAGGUGAAAAAUUGAGGUGACUGCCUUUCUUCUUCAGGUUUGUCAUGUUCUUUUUUUCAAUGAAGAACAGGGCAACCUUGUUCAUAUUCGGAAUUGACAAAAAAGAUCACCAUCUGCUGUUUCCUAUUAGUGGUAAUGGUAAUUCCAAAGAUCCCGAUUGCUGCUUCACAUGGUCCUGCCUUCAGCGGAAACACAACACUAGCGAGUAGUGACUGAGAAUUAAGAGUCUAGCACAGGUGCUAAGAAGGCUCUAAAAUUGACUGCAAAUUGAUAACGUUGUUCACAAAUAAUUGUAUCGUGCCAAAGUUCAAUCGAUGGAUUAAAGAAUUUUGCUACAAAUGACUUUUAUAUCUUUUAGUAUUAAUUUAAAGUUAGUUGUACCGACUCUGAAAUUGUUUGUUGCAAAUCUGCAAUUGUUAAAAUGGUGGUCGUUUUGAUUGUUUCAAUAUAAGCCAUCUUUAGUUAUGGAGGAAA